UUGUGUAAAGCAGGAGGUAGUAUCCAGCAGCCAAACAUCCUGGAAGACUCCGGACAUCCAUGAAGAGGUGAACUAAAGCUGCAGGACGUCUGAAAAAGAAGGAUAGCGACUGAACUGGCAACAAACUGAAAACUGAACUACCGGGCGACUCCCGACAAAAACAAAACAUACUUUUUUUUUACUUUUUUGUAUAUAGCUUUUUUUUUUCCUUAUAAAACUUACCAGCGACGUUUUGAGUCAUUUCAGAAGCAGCUUCAACAUAAUGUCUGUGUUCUGAGUGAGAGGAAGUCUGUCUGUCCACCGCCGCCAACUUUGACAAAAGACAAAAGACAAGACAAAAAAGAAGAUAUAUUCCGUCACGAAGCGCCGCCAUGGACUCGGGAAAGCAAAUAACGUUCCCAUUGCUGCUGAGCGUCGGAGCAGCUGUCAUCGGUUCUCUGCAGUUUGGCUACAACACUGGUGUCAUCAAUGCCCCUCAGAAUGUCAUUGAAAACUUCAUCAAUCAGACAUGGUAUGGACGCUACAGUGAUCCAAUCACCAAGGGCUCCCUCACAGCCAUCUGGUCCGUCUCUGUCGCCAUCUUCUCAGUCGGUGGCAUCUUCGGAUCCUUUUCUGUCGGACUCUUUGUCAACCGCUUUGGAAGGAGGAACUCUAUGCUCAUGGCAAACAUCCUGGCCUUCAUCGCAGCCGCUUUGAUGGGCUUCUCAAAGAUGGCGGACUCCUGGGAAAUGCUGAUCAUCGGUCGGUUUGUUGUGGGUCUCUACUCUGGACUCUCCACAGGCUUUGUGCCCAUGUAUGUGGGUGAGGUUUCCCCAACAGCCCUACGAGGAGCUCUGGGUACCCUCCACCAGCUGGGCAUCGUCGUUGGCAUCCUUAUUGCUCAGGUGUUUGGAUUGGAUGCUGUGAUGGGUAACGAGAACUUGUGGCCGCUCCUCUUGGGCUUCACCUUCAUCCCUGCUGUGAUUCAGUGCAUCCUGCUUCCUCUGUGCCCCGAGAGCCCACGCUUUCUGCUCAUCAACAAGAAUGAAGAGAACAAGGCCAAAGCUGUGUUGAAGAAGCUCCGUGGGUCCACAGACGUGAGCACUGACAUAAAGGAGAUGAAGGAGGAGAGUCGGCAGAUGAUGAGGGAGAAGAAAGUGACCAUCUGUGAGCUUUUCCGCUCGCCCAUCUACCGCCAGCCUCUGGUCAUCGCCGUCAUGCUGCAGCUCUCGCAACAGCUGUCUGGAAUCAACGCUGUUUUCUACUACUCCACUCGUAUCUUUGAGAAAGCCGGAGUCGAGCAGCCGGUCUACGCCACCAUCGGAGCUGGAGUGGUCAACACGGCUUUCACUGUGGUGUCGCUGUUUGUGGUUGAACGUGCUGGGCGUAGGUCUCUGCACCUGCUGGGGCUGAUGGGAAUGGCCGGAGCUACCAUCCUGAUGACAAUCGCCUUAGCUCUGCUCGAAAAGCUUAAAUGGAUGUCGUAUUUGAGCAUCGUGGCCAUUUUCGCCUACGUCGCUUUCUUUGAACUGGGGCCGGGUCCAAUCCCCUGGUUUAUCGUGGCUGAGCUGUUCUCACAGGGACCCAGGCCCUCAGCCAUCGCUGUGGCUGGUUUCUCCAACUGGACUGCUAACUUUAUAGUGGGAAUGUGCUUCCAGUAUAUAGAGGAGCUGUGCUACCCAUACGUGUUCGUCAUCUUCACUGUCUUGCUGUUAGUCUUCUUCAUUUUCACCUACUUCAGAGUCCCAGAGACCAAGGGCCGGACGUUUGAUGAGAUAGCGGCCGGUUUCCGCCAGACAGUCGAUGGGGAGAAACACUCACCAGAGGAGCUGAACAGCCUGGGAGCUGACUCUCAGCUCUGAGCGGACUGUGUUCAGCCUCUGACGAACUCUUUCUCUGACCAAGGAGGGAUGAGAAGGGUCUACUAACUAGAAGUAGACAGGUCCAUCUGUCUGUAGAAAAUCUUUCACACUGUCACCACAUUUCGGGCAUUUAUUACCAACAGGCCUGUGUGAUUCUCCAACAUGACGUCUUCUGCUGCCCCUCUCAGGUCGCUCAAAGAAUUUCUAAAACUCCCCAGGCAUGGUGUCGCCUGUGUAAAUACGCAGAGGGGUGCUGAGGAUAGAUGGGGAAGGUUUUUAAUAUUUUUAAGAUGCUUUAAAGAAAAGAGUGUCUAUCAAUCAACCAACUUUUUGUAAUAACUUUUUUCACUUAAUAUAUUGCAGAUACGAGCUUAUGCUGCGUCCUUUGUAGUCUGUUACACUUCUGCCUUUGUUAGUAUCUGGCAAUAGAGCACUGUAGUUGUAGAGAUCGGUUUCACUGUGCAAAAUACUUAUUUUUAUUAUGGAUCAUACUGUUAUGCUGCAUCUCUCUAGACACUGUAGCUGUGCACAGCCUGUGCUUGUCCACUAGAUGGAGCACCGCUCUCAGACAAGACCUCUGAGCUCCACCGACAAGGAAUUAAUUGUGUAAAUUUGCAGAGAAAGGUUACACAAGUACACAAGAGUACACAAACUCUAUUGGAAUAAGGUCAUGUAAUCCAUUUGCUGAAUUAACAGUAAUUAUCCACCGAGUAUAUAUAUUUUCUAUCACAUUUUAAUCUCCUUGAAAUGUUAGAUUAAGUAUUCGACAAUGCAAAGUUCAUUUGUAUUAUUUAUAAGUAGUUUUAUCAUGCUUUAAUACCAAGAACCUGGUUACCUUUUAGACAUUUAGACUCUUUUACACAAUUCCUUUUUAAAAGCGCAUUUGGCCAAAUGAAUAUUGCAAUAGGUCUAUGUGAGAACAAAUAUUUGCACAGAUCAUUCUCACAGUUGGAUAAAUAAAUCAUCCAUCCUUUUACCGUGACAUGAGACAAGUUACGGCUCACAACCAGCAGCCAAAAAAAAAAAAUCUGUGAGUUUUGAGUUAAAGUAACCGUAAAACAAAAAAAAACCUGUAAAACAAUCCCAGCCUUAAAAGCCACCCUUUUAGCCUUUCUGGCUUUCAGGUCAGAUCCACCUGAUCCAGACUGAAAGCUUCUGUCAGUGGAGGAUCUUUACUGAGGUGUAUUUGGGCAGAGAUUUACCUCUGGAGCUCCUUAAGUCUGGUGAUUUGGCUUCCAGAGCUGUCUGGCUCUUUUCACACAAAUACAGAGCUGCACUCUGCUCCUCUGACAACGACAAAGUAUGUACAGAAAAAAAAAAAAAAA